GCAUUUGGUUGUCAAUCAAGUACGAAAAAGUAUGAAAUUCUUCAUUUUAGCCAUAGUACUUUACAUUUUUGUAACGGAAAGUAAACCUAUUGAUAAAAGUGAUGACCAAUUGGAUAAUCUAUCAGAGUUUAUCCGCAAAUUUCAAAUAAAAAAAAGGUUACCUCCUUUGGAAUCGGGAUUUGUUAAAAGAUUACCGCCACUGGAAUCUGGAUUUGUCAAGCGUCUCCCUCCCCUUGAGUAUGGGUUUGUCAAGAGAUUACCUCCAAUGGAGUCAGGUUUCGCUAAAAGAUAUCCACCAAUAGAGUCAGGAUUUGCUAAGAGAUUACCGCCAAUUGAAUCUGGAUUCUUCAAAAAGUGAGAUUACUGACAAAACAGAGGGGAUCUUUAUGUAUAGUUGUUUGUCAAAUCUUAUGCAAUGUCUGUAUAAAUAAACAACGUAUGGCAAUGUGAAAUUUGGAGCUCUUUUUGUCAUCAAAGAAGAAUAAGAUAAAAGAGUUAAUUAUAAUUUAUAAUUCCAUUUUUCUUAAAUCAUAUUUGCUUCUUGCUAGAUACGCUGGUAUAAUAAAUCCUGUAGGAUUGGUUUCAUAGUAAGGCACUACAGUGUAUACUGGGAAAUAAUCACAGUAAACAUAAUAAACGAGCCGUGAAAUAUAUACUCAGUUAGACGGAUUUUUCGUAUACUUAAAACAGAUAUGUUAAUUCUUUUUAUCAUAGAAAAUGAGAGGAAUGUAAUAUUUAGAUGUAAUGAUGAUUUCUAUAUUAAGUUCAAUUAGA